GAACUCACACCUCCAAGUUAAGGUCCACGAAUGGUGAUGUCAAAGACAAGUAAUGUUCAUGUCGGGCAUUUGUCCGUAGGUGAAGCCUGAUGAGUCAUCGCUCUCGUGAUGCGCCACAUGGCGCUCGUCGAGCAAAAGCUUGAGGCGAAUGUCAAUCGGUGACAGUCGCAGUGGCUUGGACACGAAGCUCGAGAAUCCCUUCCCUUGAGAACGUGGAGACGUGCCUCCGAGGUCAUUCAGCUCCAAGACAAUUCGUGACUCGGAUGAUAAAGCAGUUCGAGUUCGUGGUCUCUAGACGAUUGUUGCCUGCCGGCGAGCGCAGAGAGAGAACGAGUUACAGCCGAAGCAACAGCAGAAGCAGAAGCAGCAGCAAUUAGUAGCAGACAACAGUGUGUACAGAGACAGAGAGAAGAGAGAGAGAGAUCGAUCGAAGGUUGCCGAUCCAUGUGUUUGGAGUGUUUCGGGAUGGGAGGUCGACCUGAUCCGCGCUUCAAUCCGCACUACGUUCCACCGCCACCACCACAUCACAUGCCACAACCAUUCCAUCCCCCUCCGCCGAUGCACUUCCCUCACCAAACUCCACCGCCGCCUCCUCACUUCCCGCACCAGCCUGCUCCCCACUUUGCACACGGUCCUCCUCCGCCACCUCACAUGUCGCACAUGCCCCACGCUCCUCCUCCCCCGCCUCACCAUGCCCCUCGAGGUCCUCCUCCUCCACCUCACCACCAGCCUGCCCACCCUCCCCCUCAUCGCGGCUACUGAGAUUGUGCCACGGCUCUCGUCUUCCAGGUGAAUAAGAAAACUCCGUCGAGACAUUUCCGGAGUUCCGUUCUUAAACGCAACGACAUGUGCUCUGAUCAUGCGUUGUGAAGAUCUGACAUGACGAAUUUCUCCCGCUCGUCUCGCACCCGGGAUUGACUGACGUCUUCGAGAUGUUCACUGCAUGACCGACCCGUCGAGAGGAGGCUGUCACGUUGGUUAAUUCGCACGGGACGGAUCUGGAUCGCAGCUGGAGACGGCCCGAGCCUCAGCUGGAGUAUAUCUGUAUUCGGAAUGGAAGCAUGCAGCAGUCAGCCUCGAAGCCUCGGGACAGAGACGGAGGUGUUCUACGAGCCAGAUGACUUCUGAGAUUGUUCAUAUAGUUGUAUAGUUUUACUUCGAAGUUUGGCGAUGUAAUGGACGAGGAUUGGCUCAAUUUGCAGUUGCUGCUCCAGUAGUAUACUGUCCUGUUUUAUACUCUACGUGCAGAAAGACAUAUUUAGCUGUAAUCGACUGAAUAUGUCACGCCCUUACGGAUGAGGCUCGUACUUUCUCAUCAAUAGUGGGCAUAGUGCUAUUUUUCUCACGAAGAAUGAUGUAUUAAAGACACAGUUCUGAAACUUAUGACUGAUGUAUUCAGUCUUCUGGACAUUCUUUCGAUUUGAUGAUG